ACUACUUUGAUUUACUUUUAUCGGACUUAAAGCAGUUUUUUGUACUAUAUUUACCUUACAAGGUAUUGGCGUGCCACUAAUUAAAAAUAAAAAUUGAGUUUUUCAUUCGUCACAAAAUUACUGGCUACAUAUCUAUUCACCAAUAAUGCACCAUAGGCUUUCAAUAUCUUGUACUAAAGUCAUAAUUAUAAAUUGUCGUAAUUAACUUUAUCAGUUGAAAAAUUGCACAAUUCCUACCAACUGAGAAAAUUCCGGUCAAAUAGCAAUUAGCACUCUCAUUCAGUAGUCGAUCGAUUAUUCAAAUUUUAUCAAGCGUUUAAAAAAGACUGACAAUGAAAAUCAAACAUACUCGAUUAUUAUCCAUGAAAAUGCAGUACUAAAGUCAUAAUUAUAAAUUGUCGUAAUUAACUUUAUCAGUUGAAAAAUUGCACAAUUCCUACCAACUGAGAAAAUUCCGGUCAAAUAGCAAUUAGCACUCUCAUUCAGUAGUCGAUCGAUUAUUCAAAUUUUAUCAAGCGUUUAAAAAAAUUAGCUUGUUUCAUACAAUAUUGUCACAUUGUAAUAAAUUGUUUCAAAUACCUGUCGUCAUAAUUGAACAAUUUGCACAACUCCUGUCAGCACAGAGAACGAAAUGAUUAAAAAACUCUUUGAAAGAAAAGUCUUAAGAAGAAUUCUCGUUGUUGCUGUUGUAUGUGUUGCGAUGGCAUACGGGACUCUGUUCUGCCGGUCAAACUUCCUCCAAGCAGCAGAGUCUGCAGAUGGGCUCAAUCAACCGGCACCCAAUGAAGCAUACCCCUACUAUUCGCGGCACAGAGCUACUUCCAAUUUUUUCCCAUCAUACAAUGACGAUAUACAAGCUGCAGCAGGGAAAAACUACAGCUCUGAUUGUCGGGAGAAAUUGGCACUGGGAGAUCAACAUUAUUGGUGUGUCGGCUCACAUUCAAUUUGCUCACCACUGGACGAAUAUGUCAAAGCUGGAAAACCAAACGACGGUACGCUUUGUAAACUACUUAACGAGUACGGUUCGGAUAAGUGCACUCGACACAACUACGGCGCUUUUUACGAGUUCUUUUUCAAAAGACUGCGAAUGGAACAUCUGAAAGUCCUGGAAUUUGGAUUGGGUCCUCUUUCCCCCAGAUUUCAAGACCCAACUCGAAACUACACCAUCGGUGCUUCACAGCGUUCAUGGCGAGAAUACUUUCCGAACUCUGUUAUCUUUGGCGCGGACAUCCGUAAAAAUGGGCUCUUUCAACAGCAACGUCUGAAAACGUUUUAUGCUGACAUCACUAAAUCGGAUACUUUAAAAACCCUGUUUGAUUCUAUCGGUUCGCCCCUGGAUAUUAUAGUCGAUGACUCAUGGCAUAACUCGGAUGCACAGAAAACUCUGUUUUCGGUCGCAUAUCGUCAAAUGAAACCCGGAGGUCUGUACAUGGUUGAAGACAUCACAGCUGAAGUGUGUGGAGAGCUUCUGACAUCUUACUCAAAACUGAGCAGUGACAUUGCUUUCAUACAUAUAUACAAUUCAGGAGACACCAUUUCAUUAAUACGGAAGCCUACUUCAAACUCAAUUUGA